AUGAAAGCGGUCGAUCCUUCAUACCCACUCCUACCUGUGGCGAGGCUUCUAUCUGCAGUUGGGCUGCUCCUCGUUCUCUUGACCAGCUUUAUGCGUCAACACUGGAACCUUGGGGUCGCCUUCUUGUGUUUCUGGCUAUUCGUGGAAUCCCUGAUAGAUGGUGCCAACACGAUUAUCUGGUCCGAUAAUGCCGACAUUAAACUAUAUGUAUAUUGCGACAUUGCGUCGCAUAUACAGUUGAUCACUUACACCGUCAAGCCGAUGUCAACGCUCAUAGUCAUCCGCCGACUUUACUUGAUUGCCAAUCUACAGUCCGUGGACCUACCUAGUCAAUCAGCAAGACGUCUGAACUUGAUCGUGGAAUGGAGUCUAGGCUUGGUUAUUCCCUUGCUAGUUGCUGGCCCUCUAUACUAUAUCAACCAAGGAGUGCGAUUCGAAGUUUUGGAAGGGUUUGGGUGCACCAAUCGUCUUGACCUGUCAAUACUGGAACUCUUGACUAUUCAAUCAUGGAUCCUCGUGCCUCCGUUGAUUUCGAUCGUUUUCUACUACCCGAGAGUGGCUUGGACAUUCUAUCGACAAAGCAAGGACAUCAAUCGCUUCCUGAGGAGCAAUAACUCAAUUUCGCGCCCGAGUUAUUUCCGUAUCAUGGUCCUCGCCAGCAUCGAUCUCUUAAUCACGUUACCAAUCGGUAUUGUGAACUUGGUCCUAGCCCUAGUUGCGGCACUGAGGAAUAACCUGCUACCUUUCUAUUGGGGCUGGACCUCUUUGCAUACUAAUUGGGAGCCCCUCAGCGUAUCUUAUGCUGAGAUCACGGCCGAUGGGACCACUAAUACGGCCAACUUCUACUUCAUCAACUGGAUGUCCCCGAUCCUUGCAUUCUCUAUAUUCGGCUUAUUCGGCCUUACAUCGGAGGCGCUCGCGUCGUACUGGCGCGUUAUCUGCGUUAUCGGUAACUGGGUCGGCUGGGCCCCCACUCCGCGUGCGCAGAACCAGCAGGCGUCGUUAGGCGAGAUCGAGUUCGGCGAGCAGCUGCGGGACAAGUCUGCUAUUGACAUCGAGAUUGGCCUUAUCAACGACCACACGCACCCUGUAACUCGCGACGCUGGGGACUCAUUGGCCCGUGCGAACGUAGACAGCGAGCCCUCGUCGGUGCCUCAGUACACCGAAUUUGACGUUCCGCAUGUUGAUGCGGGCAACGUCGAGGGCCGAGGAGUGUAA